AUGGCAAUUAAGGCUAUGGACGGGUUCCCCUUCAAGGGCCGCGAGCUGGUAGUAAGGGCUCCUUUGUCCAUCGAGGAGAGAAACGCGCUAAGAGAGAAAAAGGAAGAGCUUGCAAAUGCCAAAGAUCUCGCUCUCAAGCUUCGAAGAACCAAACAGCCCACCGUCCGUCAUAUCAGGGGUCUAUUUGGAACCGUCCCUUUCCGUAAGGACACACAGGAUGCGAGCCAGUGUUCUAAACCGGAGGACAUUGUGAGCCAUGGCCGUGUGGUGAAGGUCGCAAACAUCCCCGCGACGUUUGGAGAGGAAGAUGUGAAGCAAAUCAUGGAUGUUUUUGGUCCAAUAAUGGCGGUGAACGUGAUACCGCACCUUCAAGAAGCAUUGGUGCAUUACUAUCAGAAGGGCCAUGCGGCACAGGCUGUCGCCACAAUGGAUGGCUUUUUAGUUGGUGGUAAGGCCCCUUUACUGUCGGCUAUUUGGAGUUGA